AUGCAGCAAGAAGAAGAAGCCGGGCCAGACGUAACGGAUGAAGUCUCCUCAGAUCUGGACGACGACCUGUGGACCAGAUCAGCCCCUUACAUCAAGGACACAUCGACUCUCAGAACGUGGGACUCAUACAUAGCGCAAGAUGCAAGCACCAAGCCUCCGCCUCUGAAUUUGACCGAAGCUGGCCCUCAGGCUUUCGAGUCGAUGCUUGCGCGCGGUCAAGUACGUGCGAGCUCGUUCUCCCGGCCCCAUGGUCCCGCUGUUGCCUCGAGCGUAGUGCUGGCUUCGCUUCUAGCAUUGACCGUGGGCAACGAGUCGGCCCUGUUCCAAAGGAGUGAGGAUGGACAACAGUUUUGUGAUGCACUGCCGGAAUUUCGGCUAUAUGGGUUCUCUCCCAGUGCUAUCGGUGCUAUCAAGAAGCGCUGCCUCACCUGUGGCGGGCAAUAUCUGAAGCUCGAUACAUUCGUCAACAAGAUGUACACCAAGGAGAGGUCACGCUGCGCUGUUGCGCUGGCCAGUGCCGUACGCCAGGCACUUCACUCCUUGAAGCAACACACCGUGUCUCGCUGGCAAGGGGGUUCGCUGCUACAACUCCAAGAACUGGUGAGAGCUGUCAUGACCAUACUGGAUCCCCUUCAUCAUCUUGUCAGCACUGUAGAAUUGGCUGGAGGCGACGCGCGGAUCGUGGAAAGCGUGGAGAAGCAGAUGGUUCAAUUCCAAACGGCGCGGGGACUGCUGCCCAAGAUCUGGCAGGAGUUACUCCGAGUGGCAUGCUCGCCUUGGACUGAAUUCCUCGAGGAGUGGAUAGGGACCAGGCCCGAGACUGGCAUCCCCAUGCACAGGACAAAUCUGGGGCAGACCAAGGGAUUCGUCAAGGUCGAAGCAGAGGUUUACACGGACGACUUUGGUGAGGGAUGCGAGGAGGUCGACUUUCGACUCAAGAAGAACCAAGCACCCAGCUUUAUUCCCGACGAUGUGCUGGAAAUGGCAUUCGAGACGGGUCGCAGCCUCCGGUUUCUCUGGGCGUGCCAUCCAGAACAUGCCCUGUCAAAGCCAAAUACGCUGGUCAAGGCCGUGGCACCAGGUAUCGACUGGAAAUUCGAAUGGGACGCGAUCCAAAGACUCGAAGCCCAGGUGAUGGUCUACAAAGAAUCACUGGCGGGAGCAAUUGAGGAAUGUCGCAACUUGGGAGAGCCAUCUUCGGUUCACGAACCGGGGGUGGCCAGAACAACAACGGAAGCUGCUCGCGGUCUUUUCACGCUCGACCCAGAAGAGAUGCAUGAUCGCCUUGCAGCGUCAAUGCAAGACCUAGACAGGCAACCGGCUGCAGAGGACACCCCAACGGUGCUGGAUGAGCUGAUACGUCAACACUUAGACGGCCAAGAGUUUGUACUGGAAGGGAGAUCUGACGACGACAUGCUGCACUGGUCAUUGAUCCCCAAUCUCAGCUUUGGCAGGCUCAUCCAAGCGCAAGCACAAGUUGUCAACCGUGAAGCGCUUCGGGAACUGUUCAAGAGUCACAACCUCCGCAAUCACCUCCGACUGCAGCAUGACUUCCAGCUGUUUGGCAAUGGCGUGUUCUCGAGUCGUCUUGCCCAGGCGCUCUUCGAUCCUGAUCUCGAAAGAGCUGAUAGACAGGCUGGUGUCGCCCGUCAAGGUGACACAAUGGGCCUCCGGCUGGGAGGUCGCGAUACCUGGCCACCGGCGAGCUCAGAGCUGCGACUCGCGCUGCUGGGGGUGCUUGUUGACAGCUUUGAUGUGCAGCCAUGGGGCGGGUCAUUUUCCGACCCUUUCUCAACGGAGGCUACUGAUUUGCCCGGCGAACUGAGCUUUGCGGUGCGCGAUCUGUCGGAUGAAGAAAUCGACAAGUGCGUCAAUCCUGACUCUUUGGAAGCGUUGGACUUUUUGCGAUUGAGCUACAAGGUGCCGUCUGAGCUGAGGUUUGUCCUAACGCCACUGAUCCUGAUGCAAUACGAUCGCGUCUUCAAGCUUAUGCUGCGCGUGCUGCGUCUGGUGUUUGUGACAGAUCAGCUGUGGCGAGAGGCCAUGCUCGAACGCGAUGACAAUGAACCUGGAUACCGGUUCGUGAGGGAGUCACGGCACUUUGUGGCCAGCGUCGCGUCAUACUUUCUGGAUGUUGGUGUGGCUUUGCCUUGGCAGGCUUUCGAAAAGAGACUGGACAAGAUGGAGUCAUCGCUCGAGAAGCAGCCUACGGACGGCUUGGAGAGUCCAGAAAAAUUGCGCGAGGUGCACAGUGCCGUCCUCAAUGUGGUGUCGCAGUCGCUGUUCCUUCGCAAACGGCAAAAGGGGGUCCUACAGCUUCUGGAAGAGGUGUUCACGAUUGUGCUGCAGUACGCGAAGCUCAGGCGACAACAUAACAAAAAGGGGGCUGCUGACGCCGCCGUGUCUUCUGCAAUGCUCUACAAGCAGUUUAAGAAAAAGGUACAGGUAUUUGGAACUGUUUGUCGUGGCAUGGCUGAAAAGGCGCGCGUUGACAAAGGGAGGGAAGAGGACAGGGAGCUUGGGCUCGAGGGGCUGGGCGACGACACGAUGGUAUCGCAUCUUCUUUUGAAGCUUGAUAUCAAUGGAUUUUACGGCGCGCAUUAG